UAACUACUUUUGCGUUCGGCUCGGGCUCAGGCCUUAUGUGAAAGACUGGGCCUGAGUUUUCAGACCCUGGCCAAGCCGUUAUAUAAGCCCGGGCUGGACAUGGUUUUUAAGCAUCCGUACAAUCUGACUGAACUCCCGACCAUCCCUAGUUAGUAUCCUCCGCUCCACGCUGCUUCCACCUGAGCCUCAACGACGUCGCACGUAUGCAAUCUGCCUUUGGGUUUAAAAGUGCCCACAGAAAUAUCCACCAACGCAGCACAGCAAGAGAACACAAGCAGCGACAUAAUUAGGUUGAAGAAAAGCAAUGCAUGUGUUUCAAUAGCUUUCAGCUGCUAUUAAUUUCCGUUCUACUGUAUAAGUGUCUGAAAAUCUACUAAGGAUGCUGGCACUAGUGUCAACGCGUUUGCUCCUCCUUGUUGGGGGCUCUUUACCCUUGCAAAAGUUGUCAGGUGUUUCUAGGAUGGCUUGGUCUCACAGGAGUGUACGUUUCAUGGGUAAGGUUAGUCAUGCUCAUGAACCUCUUACUGUUGCAAGCCUUGGAUUCAAGAGUGAAUUUGAAACAAGAGACAAAAGCAAAACUAACAAAAUUGAGAAACAAAGUUCUUUUGAUGUCCUUAAAGUGAAGGCAGCUAGAAGUGAUGGGAUCAAAGCUGUUGGACCAAAAAAACCGCUUGAGAUAGAGUCUGCUCCUUUUGCUGAAAAGUCAUUUUCUGAGCUUGGGCUACCACCUUUGUUGUUAGAGAGGUUAGAGAGGGAAGGCUUCAUGACUCCAACUGAUGUUCAGUCUACAGCAAUUCCUACAAUUCUUAAGAAUCAUGAUAUUGUGAUUCAGUCCUACACAGGUUCAGGGAAGACAUUGGCAUAUAUUCUUCCAAUUCUGUCUGAAGUAGGCCCAUUGAAAGGUAAAUCUUCCAAUGGUGAUGUUGAUGAUGCAAGGAAAUCAGAGAUUAAAGCAGUUAUUGUGGCUCCCUCUAGGGAACUGGGCAUGCAAAUUGUGAGAGAGAUAGAGAAACUGCUAGGACCUUCUGAUAAGAAAGUUGUUCAGCAACUUGUAGGGGGUGCAAACAGAACAAGGCAAGAAGAGGCUCUUAAGAAAAAUAAGCCGGCAAUAGUAGUUGGAACACCUGGCCGUAUUGCAGAGAUUAGUGCAGCUGGGAAACUUCGCACUCAUGGCUGUCGUUUCUUGGUUUUGGAUGAAGUUGAUGAGCUCCUUUCGUUUAAUUUUCGGGAGUCCAUGCACAGGAUAUUAGAACAUGUAGGGAAGAGAUCAAGUGCAAACACUCAGGGACUAAAAAGCCCACUUGAGAUUCGGCCUGAACGUCGCACUAUUAUGGUAUCUGCUACAGUGCCAUUUUCUGUGAUAAGGGCAGCUAAGGGCUGGGGACAUGACCCACUUCUUGUUCAAGCCAAAAAAGUUAUGCCACUGGAAUCCAUAGCUAUGUCUGCUCCUAUAAAUUUGUUGGGGCCUAAACCUGGUUUGAACUCUAACUCAAAUUUGCAGGCUCAGGCUGCCGAACUGAGCCUACCUCCUGCUCUGAAACACUACUAUUGUGUAACAAAGUUGCAACACAAGGUUGAUACAUUAAGAAGGUGUGUUCAUGCUCUUGAUGCUAAGUCUGUGAUAGCCUUCAUGAACCAUACUAAGCAGCUAAAAGAUGCAGUGUUCAAGCUAGCGGCUCGUGGGAUAAAUGCAGCUGAGCUGCAUGGGGAUCUUGGAAAGCUUGCUAGAUCAACAACUUUGAAAAAAUUUAAGAAUGGGGAGGUGAGAGUUCUGGUGACAAAUGAACUGUCAGCUAGAGGUUUGGAUGUAGCCGAGUGUGAUCUAGUGGUAAAUUUAGACCUGCCUACAGACCCGAUUCACUAUGCACAUCGAGCUGGUCGCACAGGUAGGCUGGGAAGGAGGGGUACUGUGGUAACCAUAUGUGAGGAGCCAGAAAUAUUUGUUGUGAAGAAACUGCAAAAGCAGCUUAAGGUUCCUAUUCCAGCUUGUGAGUUUACUGAGGGCAAACUUAUUGUAUCUGAAGAAGAAAAAACUGCAAAAGCAGCUUAGGUGAUACUUUUUUUUUCAUAGCAUGGCCAGGCAAGUUUCCUUAGUUUUAUUUGUCUCUCUCAAGAUAUUUUAGAGGUAUAUUCUAGGGGUUUAUCUACAAUUCUUCGUAAUUUGAAGUGUUCUAUGAAGUUCGAUGUACCAUUAUCUUGCAGAUUUCAAAUAUAUUAACACAAGAAAUGCACACUCUUUGUGGGUAGCUACUGAUAAUAUGACUUGUAUGUUUGUACGAGAUUUUGAAUUAGAAUUUCAAUAAAACUAUGCAUACAUAUUUUUGAAUA